AAAAAGCCACCUGUCUAUAUUCUAAUUUUUUUUUUCUCCUUAAAGGGAGACUGCUGACAGCUGUGACUACUUUGGUGCCACUCUCAUCUUCCCUCUCUCUCUCUGCUCUCCAUCGUUUUAGGGGUUCGAGCAGGAUCGUAAGAAAUAUCUUUCGUGUUUGCCUCUGCUGUUGUCCUCUGACUUAGUUGACAAGUAGUUUUAUUUCUACAAUGGGAGAUGCUGAUAAUGCCCUUCCACCUUCAAAGAAAAGGGCUGCUGGAAGGGAACUCACUCGAGAUACUCCCGUUGAUGAGGAGGAAGAUUCUCCCGAGCUUGAGACUGGCACUUUCAAGAGAGCCAGUGAUGAUGUUCUGGCAACCAGAAGGAUAGUCAAGGUCCGUCGCCAACAAACUAAUUCUGCUCCUUCUGCAAACCCUUUUGCUGGAAUACGCCUAGUUGCUCCCACUGAAUCCGGUGCUAAUCUUGCUGCGACUACUGAAGUACAAUCAGCUGGUGAGAACACUGGUGCGGAUGAUUCAAAGAGUAGUGAUGGUAUAUCUAAGGAUUCUGAGAAAAUUGAAGAUGGAGAAACUAAGAGGUCAGAGAGCAAAACAAAUGAGACAGAGGAUAAACCUAUUGAGGAUAAGGAUGCUGCCGAAGAAAGCAAUGCAGACAAGGAGCAUACUGCAGAAAAGGCAACUACCAAUGACAAAUCUCAGGUAGAUAAAGAACAAAGUAAGGAUGUCACAGGAAGUGAAAAUGAGGAUAAGAAGGAGGCUGCACAUGAGGGUGCCGGUAACUUAGAUAAAGAACAAAAAGGGGAGGUUAAGGAUUCUGAAAAUGAUGAUAAGAAUGAGAACAUUGACAAUGAGGAUAAGAAAGAGAGCAAAUCUGAAAAUGAAGAGGCAAAUGCUGAAGGUGGCCAUUUGAAGUCCUUUCAACUGCACUCAAGUAGCCAAAAUGCCUUUACAGGUCUUGCUGGAACUGGAUUUUCUACUUCCUCAUUUUCCUUUGGUUCCUUUUCAAAUGAAGGGUCCGGUUCUAUUUUUGGACUGAAAAGUGAUAAGCCAUUUGGUCUUGGUUUAUCCAACAAUGGAAGCUCUGUUUUAGGGGCAUCUUCUGCUCCUAAGAAUGAGGGGAUUGGUUUAACAAUGCAGGAGGUUGCUGUUGAAACUGGGGAAGAAAAUGAGGAGGUGAUUUUUAAUGCAGACUCAGUGUUGUUUGAGUUUGUUGAUGGCAGUUGGAAGGAACGAGGAAAGGGAGAACUGAAGGUUAAUGUUGCCAGUGAGACAAAAAAAGCCAGACUUCUUAUGAGGUCUAGGGGAAAUUUUAGAUUGAUUUUGAAUGCCCGUCUUUACUCUGAUAUGAAGCUCACAAAUAUGGACAAGAAGGGUGUUACUUUUGCUUGCAUCAAUAGUGCCAGCGAAGGUAAAAGUGGUCUUUCAACAUUUGCCUUGAAGUUCAAGGACGGGUCCAUAGUGGAGGAGUUUAAAGCAGCUGUCAUGGCACACAAGGGUGAGACAUCAACACUUCUCAAGACCCCUGAAAAUUCUCCAAAGGCUUCUGAUGAUUGAGAAACAUCUCCUUACUCAUGUCCCCACAGUGUCUGGCUAAUUAGAUGUUCCUUCACAAAGAUAUUUUACUAUCCUGAGUUCGUCUGCCCUUGUGUGGCAUACUUAAUUAGUGUACUUGAAUUUGAGUCAAUCUCCAAGUGAUAAGGAACUUAAUUUUGAAUUUAGACUGCACAGUUUUAACUCUUUUGAACCUUGAAACUUGCUAUAGUGCUGUUAUUUCUUGAGCCUGGAGUUUUGACAAA